GUGUUAUCAGCUGAUCAAGGUUCAUAUACACAGCUGACCAACAUCCCUUGUUCAUUUUGGCACAGACAUGUAUUUCCGUACCCAGGCCUUUCUGCUUCUUGUUUUCUUGUGUCUCCAUUGUUAUGGCGCCACGGGUCAGAAAACAGAGUCAUUCAGUCAUUGGGCGAGGGAACAUGGGAAGGUGUACAAGUCGCUGCAGGACGCCAUCCUCAGGGAGAAGGUCUACCAGCAGAACCUCCUGGAGAUUGAACAACUCAAUCAGAAAUACAGAGGACGGACUGAGUUCACAGCCAACCAGUUUGCUGACCUCACACCAGAAGAGUUCCAAGAGAAGGUGUUGAUGCCAAGACGUCCUGGUGUUGACUUCCCGCAAGACAGAUACCUCGAUAUUGGCCCCGUCGACUCUCUCCCCGACUCGUUUGAUUGGACAACACAGGGCAAGGUGACGUCAGUCAAGGAUCAAGGUUCCGUGGGCACAUGCUGGGCUUUCAGCACUGUGGGGAACAUCGAGGGGCAGUGGGUCAUGCAGGGGAAACCCCUCACCAACCUGUCCGUUGAGCAGCUCGUGGAAUGUGAUGGAACCAUGGACCCAGAACAGAAGAGGGCGGACUGUGGGGUGUUCGGCGGAUGGCCAUAUUUGGCCUACCAGUACGUCGAGAGAGCGGGCGGCCUGGAGACGUGGACCAACUACAGCUACUGUUCGGGGAACAAAGACCCCUGCUUCCCCUGCAAGCCCCCUGGAUACAACAAGACGUACUGCGGACCAUCAGUCCCUUACUGUCUGAAGAAUGAGAGCUGUGCAGCGAAGAUCAACCCCCAGAGAUUUGUGCCCGGCUUGAAGGUCACUGACUGGAAGGCCAUUAGCCAGAACGAGACUGAAAUGGCGGCAGCUUUGAUGAAGUACGGGCCUCUGUCUGUAGCCUUGGACGCGAGCCGUCUUCAGUUCUACCGCCGCGGUGUGUACGACCCUUUCGACUGCAGCAAGACAGCUCUCGACCACGCUGUUUUAGUGGUCGGAUUCGGAUCGGAGAAGGAAAUUUUCAAGACACACCCAUACUGGAAGGUAAAGAACUCCUGGGGAGCGAAGUGGGGAGAAGAAGGCUACUUCAACAUACAACGUGGGGCAGGGAUGUGUGGCAUCAACACCCAGGUCACCACAGCACAGCUGGCUACUUAACUCAUGACAAGUGGUGUGGAAAGUAGCCGCUAAAAUAACCGAUGAGUAGUGAUAGGGAAAGUACUUCCGUCUUCGAUACAUGUGAAUAAAUAUAUGUAACAAAGUGA